ACUGAUAUUAGUUGGACUAUUCCAAUCAAAUUUCCAUCUCUAGAAAACAGUGUUCUAUUAGGAAUUAAACUACAUAAGUUGGAAUGUUCAAUCUUUGAUUGAGGGUGGAGGAAGAGAAUAAUCAUAGCAAUGAUGAGAAAAUAUUCUUUGAGAAUCAAAGACCUAAUUUUCCUUGCAUAUAUAUUUCCAUGUUGUGGGGUUGUAGAGAGAGAGACAGCCAAACCAACCUGGAUUGUGUCAGUACACGUAAACUGUUUGAUGAAUUGCCAGAAAGAUAUAGCAUUGUCUCGUACCUCAAAAUUUUAGAGUGUCAGUUUUGACGCAACUGCCAAUAAUAUGGCCCAUCUGGUUCGCCACAUUCAGAAACAUCAACUGAAUCAGAGAAUGUGAGGAAAAAACAUGUUACUAAAAAGUGGGUUUUUAUGGGCCAGCUCAGAAAACUAGAAAAUCAUAAGUAAAUAAUCAGUGUGUUUUUUCCUUUGAUUAUCAGAGCUCAUCUGGUUCAACACUUUUUAACAGAAUUUCAGAGCUCACACGUGGAGAUUAUCAGUGAUUAAUUUCUUCAGUUAGACCAAUUCUACUGCUUGGUUUAUUUACAUGGAAAAGGAAAUUGAGGGCUCUUUCUUUAGCUGAGAGAUAGUAGAAGAGAAGUGUGCUUGAAGAGAAAACUGCCUUAGUUAUUGUUGUGCUCUCAUUCUUUAGGUGUGAUUGAACUCUAAUUCUUGCCAAUUGGGCUGGUCUUGUAAUUUUUGGGUGAUGGUCUGAUGAUGGAUGAGAAGGGGAUGUCAGGUUCUAUCACUGUUGUAUCCGAGGAUAGUAUCGAUUCGUUGUAUCCAAUGUUGUUUGGUGUUUCUUGUGCGUUUUUUGCUCUAAGGCUGCUUCCACAGCCUGAAUUAUGUGAUGAUAAGUCGUCACUAGUUAGAACUAGAAUGCUUGAAGGGAGUAGCCAUCUCUUAGGAUUACUCGGGUGGAGGGUUCAAAGAGACAUGGCAAAAAUUAGAAAAUCAGAGCUUCUUCAGAGGCUCGAGGAUGCAGAGAAACAGGUUGAGGAAUUGAAGAAGAGAAGAAGCGAAGACACAAGAGCCAAUGAGAGAGUUGUGAGAAUAGUUGCCACUCGGGAGCAGAGCUGGUCCGACGAGAGAAAGAAGCUCAGGCAGCAAAUUGGCGGCCUCAUGAAUGAUUUGAGAGUUGUAAAGAUGAAGAGUGAAAGAUCAAUUGCUGAACUGAAUCAGAAAUUGAAGGAAAAUGAAGCUAUUCUGCAUUUGAAGGAUAAAUCCAUUGAGGAAGUGGAGCUCAAGAGAGUGGAAAUUGAUGAAAAAGUGAAAAAGGCUGAGAAUAUUGUAGAAGAGAUGAGAGAGAACGCACAGCGUGAAGCUCAACGCCAUGCUAGUGAAACCUUGAAGCAUAAAACGGCAUUCAUUGAGCUUGUAUCUAGUCAGAGACAGCUUGAAGCAGAGAUGAGUCGGGCUGUAAGGCAGGUUGAGGUAGCAAAGCAAGAGAUUCAGUUUUGGAUCAGAAAGAGCAUGCUGUCUUGGUAGCCCAGAAACUUUCGAUAGAGCUUGUUAAAAUGCGUAAAGAUUUGGACCAGAAAGAUCAAAUUUUGUCAGCUAUGCUGAGAAAGUCUAAAGUAGAUAUGACCGAGCUUUUAAAGGAAGUAAAAUCAUCUAAGGCAAAGAGACAGCAAUCCGAUCAAGAAGCAGCACGACGGAAGGCAAUAUCUGAGUCUAAACAUGAUAGGCAAUUACUAAGGAAUAUAUUGUCUAAGAAUGUAAGUGUAAAGUCGGAUAUAUUCUCGGGUGGAAAAUGCGGGCAUUUAAAAGUUAUGGCAUCACUGGAUGCUGGAAAUCAUAGAGCAUCAGAGACUGAUUAUGGCGAGUUUGAGCAACCAGAAGCUAUUAAGCCUAUUAACGACCCAUAUUUGACUGCACGAACUGAUGAGCCACAGUCUCUAGCUGAUGUUGAGCGCUUGGAGAACUGGGCCAACUUGGAAACAGUGAAAUACGAAUUUGCACUUCAGCAAAGGCAUAACCUUGAAAUAGAUGCUUUUGUGGAUCAACUGAGGCUCAAGGAUGAAAGGUUGGAAGUUUUCCGUUGGCGUUUGUUGAGCAUGGAAAUGGAAGCGAAGAGGUUGCAGUCACACAUUGAAGGGAUCGAUCAUGAGAUUACACAGCUGAGGAAGGAGAAUAUGAGGCUGGAAGCUCUACUGCUGGACCGCGAGACAAAAUUACAUGCACUGAAAGAGCAGCUACUGAUGCAAUUCAAUCCUCCAAACCUCCAGAAAUUGAACUUUGAAUCCUCUCUACACGAGGCAGCCAUGAACCACGAUACGGUAUGGUCGAGAGUCAAGGUCAUCAAAAUGAAACCGGGGCAGGGAAGGCAAGAGAUGAAGGUUACAGCAGAAGAAAUUCCUCAAGAAGUCGAAAAUGAAAAGGUGCAUGAAAUUAAGGUUGAUGAGCAGCUCAAGGAUAUAGUUGCGACGCUUAAACAUCCGCAUAAGGAGAUCAAAGAUGCAAAGGUUGCAUCCCUGGAUCCUAAUCAUGUUAGGCAGGGAAGAAGUGGUCCAGAUGAUGCAGCAAAUGUGGAAACAACAACAACACUAGGCCAAGGAUCAAGUAAGAAGAAAAACUCCACACUGGAAUUGGAUAUUCAUGCUCUUGGAGUCUCAUACAAGAUCAAGAGACUUAAGCAGCAAUUUCUAAUGCUCGAGAGGUUGAUGGGGAAGCAAGAAAACAGCAAAAACAACAAUGCGGAUGUUGCAGCAAAGGGAUUAUAUGCCCUUACAUCCCUCCUAAAUAAGCAGGUUGAUCGAUACCAGUCCCUUCAGGGGAAAAUUGAUGAUCUCUGUCAAAGAAUGGAUGAGAAGAACCUGAAUCUGAGCUGCAGAGGCUCUUCUAUUGCUAGAACAGGCAAUGAAACAAAGAGGCUGGAGCACUUUCUCGAAGAAACCUUCCAAUUACAGAGACAUAUAGUCGCGACAGGACAAAAAUUAGUGGAAGUUCAAGCUAAGAUUGCCACUGGAUUUCUUGAUUUUGCAGAAAAGAUUGAUCAGCCUGAGAGCUUUGACAUGAAGCGAUUUGCUGAUAGUAUCGUAACGCUGUUCAGAGAAGUUCAGAGGGGCCUUGAAGUUCGAAUAUCUCGGAUUAUUGGGGAUCUUGAGGGAACCCUGGCAUGUGAUGGUAUCAUACAUGUUAAAAAAUAGCAUGGAAACUUUUAAUAAUGAGAAGACGAGACCGUAGAAUAGUUCCUUAUGUCUCACUGUAGAGUUUCUAAUGUAACCACACCAUUGUCUACUCCUUUUCAGUUUCAUAGGGGUUUAUUCGUCUGUUCUGUUCAGUUAUGGAAGUGAGUCUGCAAAAACUUCAAAUGUGCAUGAAGUUAUUCUAAUGAAAUUAUGCUUUACAAACUUA